GUCUGUUGUUCUAACAGUUCCUGUGCUAACAUAUAGCAAGAUAGCAACCUAAGUGUUAAGGCUGAUCCUUAAGAAUUUGACAUCCUACUCUGUAGUUGGCUAUUAUUUCAAAUGAGAGUUUCUAAAAUGCUAACAUGCUACGACUGUGUGUGUUAGCGCUUGCCCGCCGAGAUGGUCCACACGGCCAUGAUCUUGAUGCGGGCCUUGGUGCGCGAGUUGAAGCGGCUGUGGUGGAUGGGGUUCCGGAUGGCGAUGUAGCGGUCCAGCGAGAUGGCACACAGAUGCAUGAUGGAUGCCGUCGAGAAGAGCACGUCCAGGUGGCGGUCCAUUGGAAGGGGGACCAACAUUGUCCAGGCCCGGCUACCAGACCGCUACUAGGUGUUCACCAUCGAGCCCCACCUCAAAGACUGUCUCCAGAGGGGGUCCUGGAGACCUGCAUCGGGAUGGCGCUCACUCAGGUGUCCUCCAACAAGUGUGCCGGAGGUUUCCAGAAGGUCUUUGAGCAUGACAGCGUGGAGCUGAAGUGCAAAAUGAAGUUUGCCGUCUUCCUGCCGCCCAAAGCGGAGACGCACAAGUGUCCCGUCCUGUACUGGCUCUCAGGCCUGACGUGCACCGAGCAGAACUUCAUCACCAAGGCAGGAAGUCAGCUGGCAGCGGCGGAGAACGGCAUCAUCAUCGUUGCGCCCGACACCAGCCCACGCGGCUGUGGCGUGGAGGGCGAGGACGACAGCUGGGAUUUGGGCACCGGCGCUGGUUUCUACGUGGACGCCACCCACGAGCCGUGGAAGAACAAUUAUCGCAUGUACUCCUACGUCACCCAGGAACUGCCCAAACUGAUCAACAGCAACUUCCCCGCCGACCCAGACAGGAUGUCCAUUAGCGGCCAUUCCAUGGGCGGCCACGGGGCGCUCAUUUGUGCCCUCAAGAACCCCGGAAAGUACAAGGCUGUGUCUGCGUUUGCCCCCAUCUGCAACCCCAUGCAGUGCCCGUGGGGGCAGAAAGCCUUCAACGCCUACCUCGGUCCUGACCGCACCACCUGGGAGGCAUACGACGCCACAACCCUGGCGUCGGGGUACUCGGGCCCGCAACUGGACAUCCUGAUAGACCAAGGCCGCGACGACCAGUUCCUAUCCGCCAGCCAGCUGCUGCCCGACAACCUGAUCGCCGUCUGCUCCGAAAAGAAGAUCCCCGUUGUCUUCCGCCUGCAGCCAGGCUACGACCACAGCUACUACUUCAUCUACUCCUUCUUCAAUGACCACAUCAAGCAUCAUGCCAAGUUCCUCAACGCCUGACCAACCUCUCCACAGGCCAGCCAGCUAGUCACCGUUAGCAUGUAACUGUGUGUCGCUUGCUAGUUUUACACAAUAAAAAGUCCUGCUUCCUCA